GAUCCUUAGUACUACCAAGGUCCGCCAUCUUGGACCGAAGAGGCAACCGCGGGUAAUUUUGAUAUAACGACGAUUCAAAACCGUAUUCUGUAUUGGGGGUUUUCUCCCUCGUCGCUACAUCUACUUUGGUCACAAAAACCGCAGUCCAUGGACUCAUCACUUCAGCAUGAGUUGGACGAGACGACCCCCAGGACAUCCCUGCGGCAACAGCUCAAGGUCCUCCCACCACAGGAGACACCUGUUGUCCUCAAGGAGGGACGCCGAGAGAGGCAGGCCAAAAGGAAGGAUGCUGCCUCCCCUUCAGAAGUUUCUCCCAAGCGGGCUAAAGGUAAUACUGAGGCCACAAACCUGCACACGCAGGUCCUUCGCCAACGACUGCAGCUCUCCAGGCGGUCACUGGACCAAUCCCUCAAUGUGAGCAAUAUCAAAGGAGCCAACCAGACCUAUGCAGACCUGAGCAUUUCAGACAGUGGAGACUCUUUCAUCAAUAAGAGCAUUGAUCUGGAAACAGCUGCCAGGUUCCGCAAGAAGAGAACCAGAACCCUGAAGUCAGCAUCUCAGCCAGAGUUGCCAUCUGAUGCCCUUAUGAAGAAAACCAGUUCUACAAAUCAGUCGCUCAGGAGUCUUAGGUCAAGCACAAGCUUAGCCAGUCAGACAUAUGCUGACCUGAGUCUCUCAGCCAAUAGUGAUGAGUCUUCUCUGAGUGAGAGCAUUAACCUAGAGAAAGCCACCCGGUUCCGUAAGAAGAGAAGCAAGCCUCUGGAGUCUGCAUCCCAGCCAGAAUUGUCCUCCAAUGUUGUUGCCAAGAAGCCUGCCAUAGGAAAGAAGGCAGGAGGGAAGAUGGAGUCAAGUGUUUUCCUCCAUAGUGAUAAAACCUACGGGGACAUUAGUGAUAGCCUACUAGAGUCUUCCAAUGACAGCAUCAACCUUGAAGCUGCUAGGAAAAUGCGCCACCCUAGCAGGAGAGAGAAGGUGGUCCUCUCCCAGCCUGACCCAAAUUUACCCCCUCUCAUAACACCAAAGAAGGGAAAAAGCUCUUCAUAUAAAAAUAAGUCACCCAAAUGGAAGUCACCAGAAGGUUUUGCCUCCCCUAAAGGGAAAGCAGAAGAAAAAAUGCUAGAUUCACCUGUAGCAAUACCAUCAACCCAGCCAGCUUCCCACCUAGACAAUACCUACGACAUAGACAAUGCUGAUGAGAGCCUAGAAGAUGUAAAGGCGGCAACUAGGCGGAGGUUUGGGCGUAAAGCACCACCUGUGGAGUUAAAUUUGACUGAACUCAUGAAGAAUUUGAAGAAGUCAGAACUGGAGACAGUAGAGGAUGAGGCUGAGGAGAAAGAGAGGGAAGAGAAACAGCCAUUAGAAACUGAGAGCACAGCUUUACAAGAAGAGGAAGACAUGGAGGAUGAGGCUAGCCAGAUAAUGCUUACUUUGGAUUCUAGUAGUGAGAAAAGUAAUGAUAGUCAAGCCUCUCAGGACAUCAGGGUGAUCCCAGAAACCCAGGAUGAUGAUGCUAUUCUAAUUCCUGAGACCCAGGAGUCAGUGAGGGAGGGCCAAGGAGUUGAUACACCUAACAGUUAUUCAUCUAACACUGAGGACCUGCAUGAAGACCUGGCAGAGGGAGGGGUGACAACCAUCCCAGAAACUCAAGAGAGUAAUGCCAGUGCAGGAGCUCAUUCAACAACCAAGGAACUAAUUGAGAAAGAAGAAGAAUAUCCAGACCAGCUAUCUCCCCCACUAAGCUUCCGUGACAUAGAUGAGGAGAACCAAAACAGUGAGCCAUCGGAGAUUGAUCAUACAAGCUUUAUUAUUGAUAGUGAUGAUGACAAAGAUAAGGAAGUAGAGAGUAACAUAUCUGCAGCUGUUUCUACUCUUGAAGGAUCUCCUGAUCAUAAUAAAAGUUCUGCUAGGGUCCCAGAUACGGCUUCGUCUCCACUGCAGAAAAGCAUGAGAAUGCAUGUGGAUAAAACAGAUUCUCCUCAGAAAUCUUUAGAAACAGAGGCCAGAUUGUCUGAGACGAGCUUGGGAUCUCAGGUUCAGACUGAGAGCAAAAAGAAUGAUCCUCGGGCUCAUUCUUUCAUUGGGGAGACUGUAGGGGAUCGUUCUUCACCAAGGAGUGGAAGGAAAAGUUUACCUGCUUCAUUUCCAGGGAGACUCGCAGGGAUGGGCUCUGAUAGCAAAAGUCCGAGGAAAAGUGUUGGGAUGCUCUUUGUGAAAGACAAUUUAGAUAAAGAUUUGCAAUUUGACAGUCCACGGAAAAAUUUUGAGAUGAAAGAUGCUCAGGUGAAACUAACAAGACUAGAUGAAAGUCAGACCACAAAUCUUUCUCCAGAUGGAUUAUCUAGUCUCAAAACACAGUCCCCUUCAGAGCACAUCCUAAGGAGAACCCCUCGAAAGAAGAGCAAAGAGUUGCCACUUCCAGGCUCCCCUCAGCCAAAUGAUGUAACCUUAGGUGAGAAAAAAGUACUUGAAGAAGGGAGAUCAAAGAUGGCUGCUCAAAGGGCUAGGAUGCACACAGUCACCAUUGAAGCUGAAGUCCACCCAGAAGAAGCCAUUAAAGCAGCUACAAGAGCCUCUCCAAGGAUGUUACCUGUUGCAGAUUCACAUGAAGAGCAGGAGUCCAUAGGAAGCAUCAAUGUAGAACUUCAGGAGGGCUUGGCAAGUCCCAAGUCAAAGGCAAAGAGUAGAUCACCAGUACUAAUUCAGAAUACUGAUGCAGGGGAUGUUCCUGCAGAGGCAGACAUUGAAGAGUUUGAUGGGGCUACAUCCAUUGCAGACAACAACAGCAAAGAAGGUGAUGACCCAAUGAUAUUAAAGAAAGAUCUGCUAGCAAAUGUGGAGACUAGACUGGCUUCACCCCAAGGAAGAGAAAAGGCUGAGGCUGAGGCAGAGGCAACUUAUGAUAGGUCAGUAAGAGAGAUGUCUAGUCAAAGCACACCCAACAGAAGGGAAGAGGCAACAGAGGCAGCUGCUUCUGAUGACACUGUAGAAGAAUUGAUAGGAAAGGAGGGUCAGACUCAAAAGGGAUAUGUGAAAGAAAUUGUGGCAACAUCAGAUCUCGCCCUAGCAGCCACAGCAAGCCAGACAGAUGAGAGUGAUGAAGAAGAAGAAUUCCUGUUGCCAACACUUCUCAGAAGAAAAAGUGUGAUGCCAGAAGUGAAAGCAAAGAUGCCAGAUGAGAGUUUAGAUGCAUCUAAGGAUAUUGGAGAAUAUGGGGAGGUCUCCUUAAUGGAGCAAGAUCUAGAUGACUCCCAGGCUGCUAUGAACAAGCAGGUGCAGAAGACAUCAAUGGCUAAUGAGAGCACAUCCAGCACCCGCAAGGCCACACUAGCCAGCGUUGCCUCUAACCCAAAGCAGAUGACAAUGAAGGAGUUCUUGCAGAAGUUGGCAGAAAAGCCAAUGCAGGCCCCAGUCCCCACUAGGCAAGAAGGUCCACGUCUAGCUUCUCUCCUGAAGUAUGACAAGCCUCAGACACCCAGGAAAGUUGGCCUCAGACGCCCCAAGGCUGAAAAGAACUCAAAGAAGGAGCUCCCAAAGAGACUCUCUAAAGCUGCAACUAAAGAACUGUUCUCACACUUUGCUAAAUGCAGGCUCAAUCCUGAUGGCUUAGACCAGCUGCUAAGGGUGAGUGAAGAGUAUUGGAAGAACUGCUGCUCAGACCUGGCAAACUUUGUGGCAGCAAGAGGGGGAGUAAAAGAAGUACAGGUCAAGGAUGUGAAGAAGCUGAUGAAACGUCAGGGACUUGUGUCUUCAGAAGAGGACUUACAGGUCCUAGUUCAGAAGUACCUUCCUGCUGAGGAGUGGAACCGCCUUAUCCCAACGGCAUAUGCAAAGGGGAACAUAUACCCACUCCCUCCUGAUUCGUAGGUGGGACAUUCACAUAAAAGAAACUGCCACAGACACAAGAAGUACCUGAAAUCGAGCAAAACAUUAUGAUUAUAUCUUGCAAGAAGUUGGAAAACAAAGUAAAAAGAAUUGCUCCCAUGUAACUUAAGUUUUGAAGCACUUAGUCAACAAAGGAUAUUAAAAGUUCUGGGGGAAAAAAAAAAAAAA